AUGACCUCGUGCGCACCGUCGGCGCCAGCAAUCGCGAGCACACCUGGUGUUAUCUCGUCUGCAAGCACACCCAUCUGGGCCCCUAGCUCUCCCAGUCGUCAUCUCACAGCCGAGAAGGAAGAACUGCAGAAGAAGAAAGAGGAGCGCGCAGAGAAGAAGCAACAACGGAAGGAGGUCCGAAACGAGGCUAAAGCAGACACCAAGGCCAAGCUCCCGGAUACGACUAGCAAGAAGGCUAAGCUUCGGCUGUACAUCACCUUGUUCAAGCUCAGGUUUCAUCUCUAG